AUGCAAUCACAGAAUUAUUUAAUUGUAGAUAAUUCAACCAUUAUUGAAUAUGAUACAGAAUGUAUACAUUUAUAGAGUAUGAGAUUUUAGAGUAUAAUAAAUCAACCAUGAGGAUAAAAGUAUUUGUUAAAUAAAGAGAAAUCAUACAUAUAUUAAAGAAUUACUAUUAAAUUUUGAAGUGAUUAACUUUACUAAUUGUUCCAUUUCAUAUUUAAAUGAAUAAACCAGAAUUACUAAUAAUGACAUAAAAUUAUCAUUUUUGUAAUGUAAAGACAUGAAAAUUAUUGAUUAAUUCAAUUAUUUUUAAAGGGGCUAACUCAUUAUUGUUUUUUGUAGAAUAGCAACAGAAAUUAAAGUUCAUAUUCUCUAUUAAAAAAAUAAUUAAGUAGAUUUGAUUUAACUGUAUGAUUACUAAAUUUCUUUGAAAGAAUUGAAAAAUUUAUUUAUUCGAUAUUAAGCACAUUCAUCUAAUAAGUUUAUUUUGAUUAUUAAUGCUAAAUUGAUGUAUUUUACUUCUGAGUAAAUUUAUUUUUAUAAAAUUGAUUAAGUUGAUGAAAUCUAAUUUUCAGAAGAUGGCACUUAAAUAUUUGCAGUAAAUAUUUUUAUUAAUAAUCAAAGAUGAGAAAAAGUGUUGUUUAUUAUGUAAAACUUUAAAAUCCAAAAGUAUAAUUAAUAGAAUUGGUAGAAUAAUAGAAUAAAAUAAAAAACAAUAAGAUUUUAGCAUAUAAAUGUUGGAAUCAAGGAAUAUUAUUAUUAACAGAUAAGGGAUAUUUGAGAUAUCUAGAAGUAGAUAAUAAAGAAUAAAUACAUAAAAUAACAAUAUAUGAUGGAUUUGGAGUGAUAAUGAUUAUGAUAGCAUUAUUUUCAAUAAAAGUAAAUUAUUUUUGA